AUGUGCGAUUCCCCGGCGCCACAGCCUGCCACGGCGAGCGGCAGCGGUAAGAAGCAGCGCGGAGAGCGAUGGGGGGAGCAAGAGGACGCGAGAUUUGUGAAUCUCAGGAUUGAGAAUCCUGAUAUGUCGUGGGAAGAGUUUCAAAGGGUUCAUACCUCCUACCCAGUUCUCGCAAGAAAUUCUUCCCUCAUCGUACAACAGCGGCUUUACUGUGGAGGCAUUCGACCGUUAGUUCCCGGGUUUCCCGCGUGUUCUACUUUACCAGAGCUUCUACUUUUGAUUCGGAGUCGGGAUGCUCUGCUGUAUAAGGUCCUGAGGGCGAGGAUUGAACAGAAAAAGGCAUCGGUUAGAGAUGCAGCCUCUGGUGCGGCAGCAUCAUCUUUCCAAGAACGCGAGACCAUUUCUCCCUUCACUGAAAGUGACGAUGACUCGGCGAGCCAUAUUUCAUUUGAACCAGGCCGUUCACUUCGCCAUCAGCGGGCUUAUACGGAGAAGCCAGGGGACGAGCCAAGCACGAAGAGACGCCGGACCCUCCCGGCAAGGGCACGUCGUAGGCCCGUUCGUUUGGGUUAUGAGGAUGAUACUCUGCCGCCGGAAGAUGACAGGCUGGUCAAACUGCUGGACAUGCUCAGCGCGGACGACUUUGCUAAAAUCUAUCAGAGGGCAAAAGCCUGUGUCGCAGAGACUAAGCGAGCUGAAACCGCGCUUCGCCAGAAUACCGAGCUGGAACGUCGACUAAAGGAGACAGAGGCCGAGCUGCGAGAGCUUACGGACCGGAUGAAAAAUGAUAAUAAGAAGAAUGACCAAGUGAUGGAAGACCGGAAGGAUAUCAAGUACGAAGGCAUUGACGUGGAGCUUACGGCAAUGGACGACGACUCCAAAGCAAAGGUCAAAACUGCUUGGGACAUCAUUCAUUCGAAGGUGCGCGACACCUUUACUCUUCGACAAUGGGACGAGGCAGGCAUGGGCCCUGCAGUGAAUACAAUCCAGCAAGUUAUCGAUAAACUCCUGGAGACGUCAGCUACAACAGCCCCAAACGGACAUCCUGGGGAAGAUGCCACCACCAAUCAAAAGUCCCCUCUAAUUGGAAAUUGA